AUGAUGCGCUACGUGUUGUGUAUCCUCGCUCUCCUGCUCUCAUGUGCGUGUGUGCACGUCCUCGCUGAAGAAGUGCCUGCCGCCGAUCUUUCCGACCAAGUCCCUGAUACGGAGAGUGAGACGAAGAUUCUUCUUCAAGGUACUCCUGUUGCUCAGUGCGGUGAAGAUCCUUCUGGGUGCCCUCCUGGUGGUCCUGCUGCUGCUGCUGGUGUAGCUCCUGGUUCUCCGUGCCCCAGUGGUGGUGUUCCUGAAGGUCAAACUGGUUCUUCUCGCACUUGUACUCUUUCUGCUGCUGUGGAACCUGGACGUGGUGUUGAUGGUACUUCGGAUUGCAAUUCUGAUACGCCUGAACGUCCUUGUCCUCCUCCUCCUGGACAAAAACCACCAUCAGCACAACCGCCACAACAGCAAACACCACCACCACAACAACAAGAAAAACGACAUAAAAGUGAAGGUCAGGAAAGUGCAGAGGAUGGAUCACAUAACGUUGCUCAAUCUGAUGUGCAAGUAGAUCAAAAUAGUGUGAACACAGGUGGUAACAGUGUACCAUCAGAAAGUGGAGGCCCAGGGAAUACGUCAUCCACAUCAGAAGGAGAGGCAGCAGCACCAAGUGAAGGCACAACCUCAUCUGGAGACGGUGGUUCCAACAACACUAACCCACAAACUCAAUCGGAAAUUACCACUGAAGGUGGUGACAGUAAUUCCACUAAUCAGUCUACUGCAGCUGCAGGUACGACUGGCACAGAAGGUUCACAAGAGAAUGUCAACGCUGAAUCAACCACCACCACAACAACAACAACAACACUUCCUCCUGAACUCACAAACAACAAGAAGGGUGAUGCAGACAGCAGCAGCAGUAUCAGCAGUUCUGUGUGGGUGCGUGUACCACUACUGAUUGUGGUUACAAUGGCCUGUAUUCUUGUGUGCUGA